AUGUCCAGUGAAUUACGUGAACAAGGUAAUCAAGCAUUCAAAGAAGGGAAUUAUAUGAAGGCAAUCGAUCGUUACACAGAAGCAAUAAAUAUAUUUGAUUCAGCAAAUAAAGAAAACAAGGAUAAUAUAGCAAAAUGUUACAGUAAUCGUUCUCAAUGUUAUAUAAACAUUGCUCAAUAUGAGGAUGCUGUGGAUGAUGCAACGAAAGCAUUAGAAUAUACUCCAGCAGACACAAAAUCGUUAUAUCGUCGUGCAAAUGCAUUUGAACGUAUGGGAAAACUGAAUGAAGCAAUAUCUGAUGCUCAGCGUUUGAUAUCAAUAAACAGAAAUCAAAAUAAUAAACAAACAAAUGAUCUACUGAGAAAAUUGACAGAAACUGUAUAUAGUAAGCAUUCAGAACAGAAUUUAACACUUGGACAAGUUCGACAGAUGUUUGAAGCGGUUUCAGAUGCAUCGUCAUCACUUGCUCAACAGGAAGAUGCACUGAGAAAUUUAGUUGUCCUUUCACGUGAAGAAUCAGGAUCGGAAGCAAUUGUCAAGUAUGAUAUUGAUUUUAAAAAUAUAACUCAGUUUAUUCAAAGCACUGAACGAAUAACUGUAUCAGGCACCAUUCGUCUAUUGUCAUCGAUUGUUAAACGUUCUUAUUCACGUGCUAAUUUAGUAUUAGAUAAAAUCGGUUUAAAUCAGAUAUCACGCUUGUUGGCAACAGAUGAUCAAGAAAUAUCAACAUUAUCAGCUAUUUUAUUACAUGAUAUAAUUUUGUCAAUAUGUGAUUUAGAAAAUCGGCGAAAAAUCAAAAAAGCUGUUAAUGUACCAUUCAAUUUUGAACCGCAAGUACUGGCGUUUAUCGAUGAUGUAUUUCGUAUGUUAUGUAAUUUGAUUGACGAUAAAGCAUAUUCAGGAAUUUCUCGGGAUAAUUGUCUUGAUUUGAUUGUUAAAUUUAUUGAUCGCGCAAAUGGAUGUAAUUGGACAACGAAAUUUAUUUUAUCCGGUAUACCAAAAGUUCUUCGAGUUGCAGCUUCUGUACCCGAAUUACCUGAUAGUAAACCAUAUCCAAUAACAGAGCAUACAAAAAUGCAUAUAUCAUGUGUGCUAAGUGUUAUUUAUCAUGAUUGUUGUUCAGACCAAGAACGAGAAGAUUUUAACAAUGAAUGUAUUGAAUUCGUCAAGGCAUUACGACAAAAUGAUGAUGUCCGAGCGCGUAUACAGACAAUAUCUGUUUUAGCUGUUCUAUUACAAGGUCCAUUCGAUACGGGUAACGCAAUUUUAGGUGGGUUGAAUUUGGUUGAUUUAAUGUUAAUCAUGGCUAGUUCCGGAGAUCCAUUGCAAGAACGUGUUGCUGUUGAAGCUGUUGUGUUAUCAGCAUCAAAAAAAGAUAAAGCGGCAGGCAUUUUGUCAUUGGGUGCUGAUAUAUUAAAAAAUCUUUAUGCAUCACCAAAUGAACAAAUUAAAGUUUUGGCACUUGUUGGUUUAUCGAAAAUAGCCUCUAGCAAGGGUACAGAUACGAGUGCUCAAUUAGUUACCGAAGGUUCUUGUCAGACAUUAGCCAAAGCAUGUUCACGAUUUUUGACAUCAAAUAAAAAUUUGAAUAUUCGUCGUUGGUCAGCUGAUGGUCUAGCUUAUUUAACACUUGAUGCCGAUGUCAAAGAAGAUUUAGUUAAUAAUCAAGCAGCACUAAAAGCAUUAUUUGAGCUAUCAAAAUCUGAAGAGUCACAUAUUCUAUACUCAAUCGUUUCUAUCUUUGUUAAUUUGACGAAUACAUACGAUAUUAAAAAGCCAGAUGAACAAUUGAUUGAAUUAGCAAAAUAUGCCAAACAACAUGUACCAGAAGACCAUCCAAAGGAUGUAAAAGAAUUUGUAGAUAAACGACGAAAUAAACUUGUUGAAGCUGGCAUUGUACCUAUACUAGUUAAUAUGUGUAAACAUAAAAGUGAAAAUUGUCGCGAACAGCUGACAAGAAUUUUUCUCGGUUUAUGUGAAAAUGAACAACAUCGUGGAACAAUUGUAGCUGCUGGUGGUGGUAAAGCAUUAUUACCAUUGGCGUUAGAUGGAACAUCAAUAGGUGCAACAAAAGCAGCUCAAACGUUGGCAAAAAUAGCGAUAACAACCAAUCCAGAAAUAGCAUUUCCUGGACAACGUAUGCUUGAAGUUGUUCGUCCAAUAAUAAAAUUAUUAAAACCCGAACAUACAGCACUAGAAAAUUUUGAAGCAUUAAUGGCAUUAACAAAUUUAGCUAGUAUUGGAGAAAGUGUCAGAAAACGUAUUUUAAAAGAUGGCGGUUUUACUAGUAUCGAGCAUUAUAUGUAUGAAGAACAUGAUCAACUUCGUCGUGCUGCAACGGAAUGUAUUUGCAACAUGACUAUUCAAGAUGAGGUUGUAAAAUAUUUUACAUCGGAAAAUGAUCGUAUCAAAUUAUUAGUUCUUUAUUGUGGUGAAGAAGAUGAAGCGCUAAUAAAAGCAUCAUCUGGUGCAUUGGCAUCACUAUCAUCAUUAAAUGCUGAUAUAGAACAUAUUCAAGAAUUAAAUUUAGAACCGGAUGAACGAAAAAGAUUGGAAUUAUUGAUUGAAGACAAUUACAUUAUAUGCAAUAAAAUUUUAGAAGUAAAAUCAUUUAUUGAAAUAUUUAAACAAUUGUGUGCUUGCUCAAAUAAUGAUAUUCAAUUUCGUGCACUUUAUAUUAUCAGAAAUAUUAUUAAAGCAAAAAAAGAGUUUGCAGUGAAAAUUGUUGAGACAGAUUUAAUGGAUAUAUUAUUUACUAUAACUAGAAUGACGGAUCAACAAAUAAUUAUUGAAAAGAAUCGUAAAAUAGCCGAUGAUAUUGUCCAGUUAUGUCUUGAUUAUGGUCUGAUUCAACUUAGUGCAGCUGCUUACAAUCGUGAACGUAUUGUUGAAGAAAUUGAAUAA